AUGGCCACCACGGGCAAGACUUUUAUUGUCGAGCAUCUCGACCCAGAGCUCGGCCCCUGGUCAGAGCUCGAGUACCUCGCCAUUGCCAAAGAGACGCAGGAUACACACGGCUCCUUCAUCCUCUCUAGUCUGCCUCCCACCUUCAAGGUCCCUGCCGACCUGGCCAGCAACCCCGCCUUCACGGCUGAGCAGCGAGGUGUUGAGGAGCUCUAUGCUGCCAACAAGUCUCGCGUCUGUCUGCUUGAUCCUGCCGCUGCCAAGGAUCUCUCUCCCGAGGAUGGUGAUACUUUUGACGCAUUCUUGUUUGGAGGCAUCUUGGGCGAUGAUCCUCCCCGAGACCGAACAUCCGAGCUCAGGAAGAAGGGCUUUGAGGGUCGCAGACUGGGACCCAAGCAGAUGACAACAGAUACAGCAGUGCGAGUGACUCGCAUCGUCGUGCAAGACAGGGUGCCCGUUGACAAGAUUCCCUACCUCGACUUCCCGGAGCUCAAGUUCAAUGAGCAUGAGAGCACUGAGAUGCCCUUCCGUUAUGUUAAGGGAGAGGAUGACAAGCCCAUCAUGCCCAAGGGCAUGGUUGAGUUGAUUCAGAAGGAUGCCGACAAGGCUGUGGAUGAUCUAUUCUAA